UGGCUAGCUAGCUUACCUGCUGAACACGAGGUAAACAAUCGAAAACAUAUUUUUUGGAAGGCAGCCAAUGAAGCUUCGUGCCGAGGCUUUUUAGUUGCAUUUUACAGGUAUUUUCUUUGAAUAAAUCGACGAAAACUGCACGUUUGAUCGCAUAAUAAUGACGGAGGAAGUCAAUCCGAAGGCUUAUCCGCUGGCGGACCAAGCGUUGACGUCGAAAAUUAUGACUCUCAUCCAACAGGCAGUUAACUACAAACAGCUCCGCCGGGGUGCUAACGAGGCAACCAAGACGCUCAAUCGAGGGCUGUCUGAAUUUAUCGUCAUGGCUGCGGACGCUGAACCGUUGGAAAUUAUCCUCCAUCUGCCGCUGCUGUGUGAGGAUAAAAACGUACCGUACGUUUUCGUGCGCUCGAAGCAAGCCCUCGGACGUGCAUGCGGGGUAUCACGUCCGAUCGUUUCCUGCUCGGUUACGAUCAAUGAGGGUUCACAGCUGAAGUCGCAGAUUGUGGCCAUUCAGCAGGAAAUCGAGCGUCUACUGGUUUGAAACUGAAGGGUACAAAUUUGAAUCAUUUCAUCGUGAGUAGAUUUAUGAUAUACCUACCUUAUUAACAGGAUAAGAAAAUACAUGAAAGUUUUACAUUUGAA